AUGGCUGCCAAUUCAAUGGUGUUUACUACAGGGUUCGGUCCGAAGGAGGCGGUGGAUUACUUCCGCUCGCUUCUCACAGAGGAGGUUUCUGAAGCCCAGGUCUAUGAAAGCAACCGUUAUCUGCUAAAAUGUGUCCAUAGUGGAGCUAUCACUCCCAAGAUCUUCACCAUAUGGCUUUUCCUUGCCCAUUCCAGAUUCCCUAGCAUCCUCCAGAGCGCCCUGCGUGAUAGGUAUUCGCGUGGUGUGCGCCAGGCUGGCAUUAACGUGUUUAAAUGUGCCAUGAAAACUGACAAUUGGUGGGAGAAAGGUUGGAAUGCGCUUGGAGGCACAACGUGUCUGAAGGAGAUCUUCGAGGAGCUUAGCCUUCAAGAAGCCAAGAUGCUUGCAAGAGCAAUCGGCGUGUGCUCAAACGCCCAAGAUGCUUCCAAAUCGCAAGCGGUGAAUGCGCUUCUUCAGCUCUUGAUUCCGAAUUUUUUUGAAUCGGCAUCCGCCCAAGUCCGUUCUAGCAGCUCACGACAGCUUCUAGGAAUGAAUGAUCUAGCACCGCUGUUCAACGCGUCCAGCGAUACCACUUUGGUUAAAGCAUUUUCCACCGACCGACCCGAUGAUUUUAUCAACCCCUUAAUCCGGGCAUUACUCAAUUCUCACAUGCCACUUUUGAGAGAAAUCGUCGUCGGCUCUGUCCCAGCCUAUCCUCCGCUGCGGAGACGUUUGCUUCAUAGUCAUCUCUCCGCGAUUCUUACAUCAUCAGAACCUUAUGAACCAAAAAUCUCUCGAGGGUGGCAGGCUCCCAUACCGGCAAUGGGAGUCGCCUUGGAUCUUAUCGAGAGUGUUCGUGGGAAGUCAGCAAUGUCCUCCCCAGUUUCUUGGGAUACGCAGAUCCUCUGCAUUGGCAAAACUCUUACCAUAGCUCGGCGUUUAAAAGUGCCGUUUGACCAGAUACUCGCAUUGCUCGAGCGGGUCUUACCAGUCCUGGACCAUUCCCAACGGCAUCUGCAUGAAUGGACCCCCCUCAUACACGGCUUGAUAAGAUUUUGGGGCAUGGCAGCUUUCCCGGCCGCUUAUAUAGAGUCAUCUUCUAAUGCACGCGCUGCACGUCAUCGGGAGGCACUGCAUCCCUCCAGACCACAAAAGGCUCACAAGGACUCCUUGGAGAUAUUGCUUCGAAUGAUUUUCGGGACGAUGCUGAAAACAGAACUCACCUCUUGCAUCGUCACAUUAUUUUCGUAUGUAGUCGAAGAGGCAAAACUGCCCUUACUCAAGAUCAUAUGCAAGCACCUGCGAGGCCUUGAGAUCGAUCUCGAUCAGCCAACACCAUCGAAGAACGAGGACGAGCUUUUGCCAUGGAAUACGUCUUUUCUCAUGUCUCUUUCUGGACAGGAUGCAAGGUGGUUAUUUGAGCGCGCAGCACGACUGUCGCCAACGAAAUGCCUACUCACGACCAUUCCAUUUGACCGGCCUCCGGCUGGAGAGGACUCGUCUUCGUUUCAGGAGAGUCUGUUCCAGGUCCAUCUGGAGUCUACGAACAAGGAGCAGGUUGCAGGUAACGGUUCAGUGACACUCCAAUUCAUCGAACAUGUCAAACUAAAGGCAGUGAAAGCCCGCGACGCCAAUGAUCGACUUCAGUGGGCAAGACUUACAAUCAGUAUCGCAGUGAUGAGCAAGGAUGUCAAAAUUUUGAAGGACGUUAUCUAUUGGACAUCGCGCUUCUUGAGGGACCCGUUCGUGGGACCGUCACUCGCAAGUAAAACCUAUGAGGCAGGUGUCGCAUCCGUCCUGUCCUGUGUGGCGUUGUCAACGUUACGCCAUUUGUCAUCCCGAGAGGAGCUUGAGGCCAAUGUGGGCAUCGCGGAUGCAGUACUGCAUCAUCUUAUAGAACAGGCUCUGUUAGUCUUGCAUGAGCCCUGGUACAAAAGCUUUCAAGAAGGCAAAUUUGGCGGUUUGCUCAAACUCAUCGUUUCGUACCGAAUCGAUGCGGUCGACCUCUUGUGUCAACGUGGUUUAGGAACUGAGAAGGAAGUGGUGGCGAGUUUGUUCGACAAGCUUGUUCCUAUUCUAUUAGAAUACGAAAGUGUGGGCAUUACCGAAGGAUACGAAUCCCUUGGUUGGGGAAGACUAGACGGACCACUUGAAAAUAUCCGAUGCCCGCAGAAACAAACAACUGAAGUGCUGAGGCUUUUGGACUCAUUAGCACAGCAGCGAGAUUGUCUUUGGGCCAGACAACGCUUGCUACGGAACCCUCAGACUGCAUCUUUCCCAGAGGGUUUGCCUCGAGGCUUGCCCCUUCAGUAUUUGUUUCCUUCGAAGAGAUGGACGAUGGCAGUGAUGAAGUCCAAGGAAGUUGGCAGCUUUAUUACCGAGAGGGUCAGGGAGGUUGUCUUCUGCGAUGCAAAUACAAUCCUCCAGAAAAUCAACCAAGAGGAUCACCGGAUUGGCCCAUUCGUGGACAGUCUGAAGUUCGCUAUCGAGAUCUACAUAGGGGAGGGGCCCGUGGAAGAACAAAGUGCAAGAAUACUGGAGAUAUGGAAGCACUACUCAGAGAAAAUUCCAUCUUCCGCGGGGCAUACAGAGAGCUUCAGGUCAUAUCUGUGCUCCUUUGCGCGGUCUAGAAGCUUGCAUAAAGUUGCGAGAAUCAUUGAUCCUCCGCAGAUGCCCUCGCUGGACAUAUUUCAGAUGUCACACGACUCGCUGAGCUUUGAAUGGGACCCUCGCUCAACAGACAUACGCCGCUCGUCACCAGAUCACUGGGAAGAGACACUGUUGCAGCAUCAAUUCUUUGCCAUUAAGCAGCAAGGAUCUCUAGAGGCUAUAAUCCUAGCGUACUCUCAUCCGAACGCGUGGCAAUCGACCAUGAAAGCCAAAGCAUUCAAUAUAUGGCGGCCGAAAUAUGGCCCUCAGAGACUUUCAUUUCAACAUGGAGAAGCUCUCAUUGUAUCUGCCCUCUUGUUCCUCAACAAUCUAACCCGCAAUUCCCAACGGCUUCUGUCCAAACCAUUCCCCGAAGAUUCAGAUAUUUUGCGUUAUCCGCCAGUGCACCUCGACUACGAGUUCCUGGCCGCCAUUGGUGACCAGGGAGAAGCAGCGGAUGCAGCCCUUUCCGUACUUAGUGGCUUGGUAAGAGUGGUACCUCCUAACCUUUUGUAUGAGCUUUCACUCUCCCUCUUGGAAACUCUUGAUGAGCUUGAAAGCACGUCGCCAAAAUAUCCACUGGUUCAGCGAUGUGCAUAUAAAACCAUAGCACUUUUGCGGCGGUCCGACAAGCCCCAACUGGCCGCGACUCUGGGGAUGAAAGCGCUGGAGCUAUUCCCCAAGGCAUCCUCGUGGCAUCGAAUGGCCUUCCCUUCGUCACUACCGAAAGCUCUCAGCCGCAAAACUGCAGAGUUGACCAUGCGAUCUUUCACUUCCUACAUCUUUGAAGCACUUCGGAAGCAAAAAACUCUGGCAAAGGACGAAAACGCUAGUAUCAAAAUCACGACAGUAAAGAUGCUGGGUACAAUGCUAGCAGAGAAUAAAUUCGGCAUGUCUCCUUCUUUCAUAGUUGGCGCUCUGAAAGAUCUAUUCAAUGCGAGCAAUCAUGUUGACGUACGAGUGACGGUUUGCACAGCUUUACUCAGCGUUCUUGAAAAAUACGAUGACGCGGACGAAGCCUAUGAAGUCUUCACAUCGUUUGCAUCCUACGCAGCUUCGCCCAGCGAGAACAAUGAGUCAGGGUCAUGGUUGCAAUCAGAACAGGCGCAGCUUCCAAGGGUUGAUUCUCAACGUCCCCUGCUCGAACUGUUCACCAAGACAGCCUACUGCAAACUCCCAGGGAAGUACCUUGAGCAGUAUACCUACAAGACCCUGCUACCUCUCGUCGAAGAGUCAACCAGACAACACAACCGCUGGAUGCAUCAAUUCCUUUCUCCGCUGGAGCUUACAUCUGAAGAGCUGUCUGUCACCGACUUCGGUCCUUUUGCAGCAGAUCUAAUAGAAGUAGUGAUGGAUCUGUGGUCUGAGUACCUCCCUCGGGGAUACCUUCUCAAACACAGGUCUUGGGCAUUGGGCUACCUGGACUGUAUGAAGCUCCGGAACAUUAACAGCAAGCUGACCGAGCAAGAUCGAUCAUGGCGAACAACGAACGCAGGCGGUCACUGGAGAGAGUUCUUCGACAUUCAAAUAAAAACGAAGUCUUCUCAUACCCUGUCAUGGAUACUUCAAAACGGGAUAAAUUCCAAGGUGCCCAAUGGUAUAACGCACGAGGCUAUUGCAGAGGAAAUUGUUGAGCGUGCGGCAGUCUUCAUCCGCAAUCCAUUCAAGUGUGUGCACAGUCGCAUCGAAGUAUCCUUGGAGCCUUUUACAACCAUGCUGUCAGCGCUACAAGCGAGUGACCCAGUCCAGAGAGCCAAAGUUCUGCCGACCCUGGAAAGAGUAAUCGCAGAUGUACAUGGAUUGCGAACAGUGGAAUGGAACAAUGGGACUCGCCGCUGCCCUCCAAUUCUGCCCCCUAAACUCCAACUCCAGACUUUGCUACUGCCUUUCCCACAUUUCCAUAAAGAAACCCCGUCUCGUUACGGAACGUUUAUUUCCCGCGUUUUGUCCUUGAUCGAAGAAACUGCCAGCUCUCCAGCGUGCAUUGCAGACCGGAGCUUCCUUUUGGAAGCUAUGGACCUAGUCUCAAAGGACGAUGCGCGACAAUGUGCGCUCGGAUUUGGCCGCGGGUACGAAUCUAGUACGAAUGUCAUUGCACAGCACCUGAGGGUAUGGCUGGCCCAAGUUCUAUUGUUGAGGUUCAAGUUGACCAAAAAUGAACGUGAUGCGGAAGUCAGAGAAAUGAUAUUCCAAUGGAAGAGCAGUUCCAAUGAGUCGAUACGAUCUAUUGGAUGGUCUACAGAUCCUCAGGCCAUAUGA